AUGUCACAGCCAUGGGAUUACAUCGCUAAGCUUGUCUGCAUCGGUGACUCGGGCACCGGCAAGUCCAGCCUCACCAUUCGCCUCUGCGAAGGUCGUUUCUCCCCUACUCACGAUGUCACCAUCGGCGUUGAGUUCGGAUCGAGGAUUGUCCCGGUUGGACCCCCUGCAUCGCAGGAGCUAGGGCUAGAUGAAAUUCCACGCAGCGCCGCCCGCGAGAACCCUUCGGAGGACUCGACUACCUCCGGCGGCCUCCCCACGCCACCCCGGAAACCACAAGAGACCCCCAGCCAGAAACGAAUGAAGCUUUCUCUUUGGGAUACUGCUGGCCAAGAGACCUAUAAGUCGAUCACCCGCUCAUACUUCCGAGGCGCUUCCGGUGCUCUCCUCGUCUUUGAUAUCUCCCGACGAUCGACCUUCGUGUCAUGUACGCAGUGGCUUCAAGAUCUACGCCAGAUUGCAGAGGAGGGUAUUGUGGUCAUCUUGGUUGGAAAUAAGACAGAUUUGGCCGGUCAGGAAUCGGGCUCCAAUCAAAGGCAGGUCACCCAGGAGGAGGCCGAGGAAUGGUGCCGUUUGAAUAACGUCGUUCGCUACGUUGAGACUAGUGCCAAGUCGGGAGAUGGUGUCGAACGCGCAUUUUUGGAAGUCGCUGAGCGCAUCUACCGCAAUAUCGAAGCGGGUAGAUACGAUCUUAAUGACCGGCGUAGCGGAGUCAAAGGAUUCGGUGCUUCGGGGGGCGCUCAUGCAGGGAUUCCAAGAACGGUCACCUUGGGCAUGGAUGAUGCGAUGCGCAAAGGCAGUGGCUGGACCGGAAAUUGCUGCUAG